GCUCUGUCGCCCAGGCUGGAGUGCAGUGGCACGAUCUCAGCUCACUGCAACCUUCACCUUCUGGGUUCAGGCGAUUCUCCUGCCUCUGCCUGCCGAGUAGCUGGGAUUACAGGCGCGCGCCACCACGCUUGGCUAAAUUUUGCAUUUUUGGUAGAGAUGGGGUUUCACCAUGUUGACGAGGCUGUUCUCAAACUCCUGACCUCAGGUGAUCCACCGGCCUCGGACUCCCAAAGUGCUGGGAUUACAGGCAUGAGCCACUGCGCCCGGCCAGAAAAUAUACCCACUUUUAAUAAAAAGUUGUUAUUUAUGUUAACAUGCAAUGGGAUUACUAUUGUUAUCUUAAAAUUCUCUCAGUUUUAGGGUGGAAUCCAGUAACGUCAAUAGACAUAGCCUCAUCCACAACACUCUGAGCAAACAAGACCAGAGGUCGCGCACACAGCAGCGCCUUGCGUGUGUGUGGGUGGGGGGUGGCUACAAGCCGUGGCGCAGGGGGCAGGCCUGGCUCUCAGCUCACCUCUGCCAGCUGUGCGAUCCUGGGCACCUUGCUCGCCUUCCCUGAGCCUGUUUCUUCUCCUGUAAAAUGCCAGGCACUGGGCCGGCCUGAGAGCUUUGCCCAUGCUCUGCUGCUGCAUCCUUGCCCUCAGUGCCUUGGUUUACCCUCUUCCACGUGGCUCACAGUAGACAUUCCCUUUCUCAGCCCCGGGCCCCCAGCACUGACCUGCCAGAACCACGGCAGUCUGGGUUUGUUCCAGAAACUUCUCAGGGAACCCAAGUUUGAAGGAUGGUGACACAGGGGAGCCAAGGAGAGGGCAGGCCUUUCCUGAGUGCUGAGUCUGCAGGCCCUGCCCAGGAACAGCCCAAUGGGUACAGAUGCUCGCACGACUCAGAGUGCCAGAGCAGCUGCUGCGUCCGCAACAACAGCCCGCAGGAGUUGUGCACGCCCCAAAGCAUCUUCCUGCAGUGUGUGCCCUGGCGCAAGCCCAACGGCGACUUCUGCAGCAGCCAUCAGGAGUGUCACAGCCAGUGCUGCAUCCAGCUGAGGGAGUACAGCCCCUUCCGCUGCAUUCCCCGGACCGGGAUCCUGGCCCAGUGCCUGCCCCUGGUAAGUCCCGGGCGGGGGCUCAGCCUCCAGGCCCUCCCUUGGCCGCCACAGGGAAGUCGCACAGAAACACAGCAACUGGACCAGGACCGCGGCUGUGAGAGGUGGGCUCUGAGCCCACGGGCGGGCGGAGCACCCAGGCACCCCCGCUGGGAGAGGCCGGCGCUUCACCGCCCAUCUCAUAAAGUGGGGGCCGCAGAGAAGGCUCCUGGGCUGGCACUGAGCCCACCAGGCCCCGCAGGGCACGGGUGCCCGGUCAGAGGCCGUCAGAGCCUGCGGGGCCGCGGGGAGGGGGACCCAGGACCAUCCCCCGUGGGAGCUGGGGUUGGACGUCUUCAGGCCGGAGAGGGAACAGCCUCACCAGCCCUGGAGGAGGAGGGUCCUGGCUUCUCCCCUCCCUCCCCCGACCUCUGCUGUGGCUUUUCCUGACGGGAAAUCCAUGGGAUAAGCCGUGUGGUGCAGGUUCCCGCUCUGCUGAGCCCUGGGGUCAGGGGAGGGGGCCAGGUCGCCAGCGGCGCAAACGCUGUGGGGGCGCAAGUGCGUGUUUGCUGGAGCCCAGAGCUCCCAUCUGGGGUGAAAGGGUCCUGGCACCCAGAGGUGAGGUUUGUUCACAGCCCUCGGGUACCACCAGGCCCCCUCGUGGGCGCUGGGAGCAGCUCCGGGCGCCUGGCGCGGCUCGUGGGCAUCCCUCUCGCGAGCUGAGCGUGGGCGUCGGCCUCUGGGUGCUGUCCCAACCCCCACGAGGCUGGUGCCGGGAGAUGCUGUGGCCCCGGGUUCCCGUCCUCCUUCCGCGGCCGCUUCGAGGCCCGUCCCCUGCACGUUUCCGCAGCUUUGGCUUCUCCUUCAGUGAUGUGAGCUCGAACCUGGGCACGAGGGACCGGCCUGGGCCUGGGAUGUUCACGCAGGACCAGGUUGCGCGGGGGCUGGUUCCAGCGGAAGCUUCCCUUACGGUUUGUGCUGCUGUUUCUGGGGCUCGGAAAAUCUGUGGGAACUGAAAGGCUGUGACCAGCCUGGUGGCGCAAAGUGUCUGUGAGAACAAAUCCCAGGCACUGGGGUGUAGCCUGAUUGUUAAACAUCAAUAAAGGCUCCUGGCCGACUGAGCAGCCGUGUCUCACCCCGUCUGUGUUUUGAAUAAUACAAGCAUAAAAUCUGAAGGAAACCUGGAGGUCACAGAGAGGUGGCGUCUGCUGGGUCCGUGCCAGAGCGGCCUUCUGGGAAGCCUGGGGAGGCACAGGCCAUGCUGUGGGAGGCGAGGCCAGGGCCAGAGUAUCGGGUUUGCUGUCACCUCCCCCCACUGCAGGGGCGUCAAAUAAAGGGGUGCAAGCCCGUGUGGUCACCGCAGGUAAAAAUCGCUCCCUCCCUGUCCCUGGCACGGGCAGUCCUCAGCACAUAGGCACCCGCGUCCGGGAUGCAAGCCCAGGCCCCUUCCCCUUCCCCAGGCCCUGGCUGAGCUUCCAUGGUCACCUCCCCUCCCCUCGGAGGAUCCCUGGUUCAGGCCGAGAACUCUUCUGGCCGCUGACUCCCCAGGGCAGCACUGGGCUCUGCGCGGCUGGGGGCGGGUCUCUCUGCCUCGUUUGGUUUCUGAUUCCAUCUGCCUGACGUUCCCGGAAAUGCCUCCAUCCCCAACCCACCCCAUCCCUGCCGUUUUCAGCCUGGGCUGCUGUGUAUUUGUUUUUGUCUUGUUCCCGAGUCCUUCCCUGGCACGUGGGUCUUCCUUUCCUAACUAAUCAUAAACAAUUUCCAUCUCUGUGACUGCCGGACCAUCUGAGUCUCCCCCAGGAGAGACCUGCAGGGGCAGGAACACCUGGCCGCGGUCAACUCUGCACAACCUGAAGUUACAUAGUUUUGGCGACUUCCUUAAAAAAAGGCAUAUGACAUUAUGAACACAGCGUUAGGCCUAAAACUGAACAUACUUACGGUGAAAGACCCAGCACACCAUGAGUGUAGGAAGCUCACACAGGCGGCAUCACACACAGAAUCGGAGGCUCACACAGGCGGCGUCACACACAGAAUCGGAGGCUCACACAGGCGGCGUCACACACAGAAUCGGAGGCUCACACAGGCGGCGUCACACACAGAAUCGGAGGCUCACACAGGCGGCGUCACACACAGAAUCGGAGGCUCACACAGGCGGCGUCACACACAGAAUCGCACAGCACGUUUUUUACCCUAAAGUUCCUGACUGCACAGCCUUGGAUCACGUUUACAAAACGGCAAUUUGGUAACGUUUUCUAUGGGAGAAUGGAAAAUCAACUUAGUCUUCCCACGGAUGGGGCUGAGCGAUGUUUUCUGUGGAUACGAGUUGCUCAGGUGUGAACCUCCCUGGGCGUGUGUGGUCGACAGACACAGCCGCCAUCACGCGAUUCCCAUAAGAAGUCAAAACAAACCUCCAUCCUGAUUAGAAGCUGCUGAGAACUGAAUUUUCCACGCACACCUCUACCUGUCUGAAGCCAUCCCACACCCCAGUGUCUAGAUCCGGAAUCUUCAAACAGGAUUGCCCAAUGCCAGCAGGACACGUCGGAGACACCAUCAGGCUCCUGCCUUCAUGUUGAUGUCAGGUGGGUGAGCCCAGCACGGGGGCCAUCCCUAUGUGGGUGAGCUGAGGUUUGCAGGCUGUCCCCACAGAGGUGAGCCAGGGCUCAGGGGCCGUCCCCACGGGGGUGAGCCAGGGCUCAGGGGCCGACCCCACGGGGGUGAGCCAGGGCUCGGGGGCCGACCCCACGGGGGUGAGCCAGGGAGUGGGGGCUGACCCCACAGGCAUGAGCCAGGGAGUGGGGGCCGACCCCAUGGGGGUGAGCCAGGGUGCAGGGGACCGACCCCACGGGGGUGAGCCAGGGUGCAGGGGGCCAACCCCAUGGGGGUGAGCCAGGGAGUGGGGACCGACCCCACGGGGGCGAGCCAGGGCUCGGGGGCCAUCCUCACGGGGGUGACCCAGGGAAUGGGGGCCGUCCCCCUGGAAGUGAGCCAUGGCGCGGGGCCCAUUCCCACGGGGGUGAGCCAGGGUGCAGGGGACCGACCCCACGGGGGUGAGCCAGGGUGCAGGGGGCCAACCCCAUGGGGGUGAGCCAGGGAGUGGGGACCGACCCCACGGGGGCGAGCCAGGGCUCGGGGGCCAUCCUCACGGGGGUGACCCAGGGAAUGGGGGCCGUCCCCCUGGAAGUGAGCCAUGGCGUGGGGCCCAUUCCCACGGGGGUGAGCCCAGCAACACCAGGGAAAAGCUUCCUCAACUCACCUUCCCCACAGGUAGCUCCCGGCUACUUGGCGCUCCUCCUCCCGCAGAUACCGGAAGCGCACGGGGGCCGUGCCGA